AUGAAUGCAGAUAUUCCUAUAGAUAAGAAAAUAUAUAAUGAUAUAUUUGCCAAUUAUGAAAGUCUCUACAAUGUUGCUAAAAAUAAGUAUUUUGGGAAUAACAUGCCGAGUUCUGAUAUUACCACUUUUUGUUAUGGAUUUAUGGAUAAAAUGAAAAGUAAAGCAAAAAUAAACGGCAAUAGCUUUUUCUCAUCUUGCUUGGGACUCGGUCGUUAUUUAUAUUAUAUACAAAGUUUAAAUGAGCUUGUAGAUAGAAUAUCAAAUUGUAUAUACUUCUGUUACAAAUUAAAAAAUGAAGUAAAUAAAUACUAUGAUAAUCCUGAAGAUGUGAUGGCCUCGUACAAAAGUUAUAACGAGCUUCCCCAUUAUUACCCUACAGAUAGAGAUGCCGAAACGUUUAUUAAAGUAUGUCCUGGAUUUGAUGAUUAUUCUGGAGAUUUCACACAAAAAAUUUUGAACCAUUUAGAAAAUAUACAAUAUAUUAUAAAAAUAUUUGAUAGUAAUCAUGGUGAUGGCGAUCCAUGUAUGGUGAAAUAUGAAGAAUAUAUGGAUUCCUUAAAUAAAUAUAGAAGUAAUGAGAGUUUUAUCUCAAUGCUUGAAUAUAUUGAAAAUUUAUAUAAAAAUGUAUGCCCUAUGGAAAAUACACAAUUGGAUUCAUCUGAGAUAGUUGCCCCCCAAAGCCAAGAAGCAGAUAUUAUAACUACAGAAAGUAGAAUCAUUAAAGCAAAAACAAAUGCAUUGCUAAUGACAGAAACAAAUACAAGAUUAUAUAUAAGAACAUUUUUUAUAAUAUCUAAGACAUAUGAAAAUUCACUUGAUGAGGGGUAUAGAAUAGCAUAUAAGUCAGCAGACUACUACUAUUAA